AUGAAAGGCGCAGUCCUGGAAGUGCUUCUUGUUUCUGCCGAAGGCAUAUACCACAACCGAAUUCUCGAAAAUUUGGAUAAAAUCUACUGGAACGAAAAGUUCGUAUUCCAAUAUCCAACGUCCGAGUUAGACACUUUGAAUCACCUCAAACUUAGAAUUGUCAACGAGAAAUAUUUGGGCGAUGGCGAAUGUGUUGGGGAAACACUAAUUUUCAUCAAAGGAAUAAUCGCCGAGGGAAAUCGCUCUGGAUUGAUACAGUUGAAUCCUUCCCUAUUCAACGUCGUGCUUGAAGACGACACUUACAAAGGGCAAAUAACGAUUGGAUUGAAAUUCAUUCCAAAUGCUGUUUUACACGCGAAAAGAAAAGAAGCCGAGCCGGAGGGAAAUGAUCUAAGCAACCUUCAAUUGCCACUGUUCAAAUUCAAAUUUCUGUCGACAUUAAAGAAGGUCAAAAAAAUGGAUAGCACAUCAAAUUCUGAUGACAAUUAUGAUAUGGGGUAUCAGCCUUCUCCUUCGUCUGUGUAUCAAACUGACCAAUCACCAUUCACCGAUACCACGAGCUGCUCGAUCAUGAGCGCUGAGUCGUUCGCCUACUGCCGGACUAAUUCCGAGGCCUCGGGUGCAUUUUCCGAGCCGACAGACGAUAGUAAUAGCUAUUCCUAUUCUGAUGUGGCGUCCCCACAGUGCUGGCAGGGGCUCAAGUCCCCGGCUCGUGUCGCGCUUUCCAAAUUGGGGAUGAGGCAGCACAAGCAUGGGGUAGAUGAUGAGAUUAUGGAUUUAGAGCUAGAGUUGAUGAAGGAGAGAUUUUCAAAGCUGUUGCUUGGGGAGGACAUGUCUGGAAGCGGCAAAGGGGUUUGCACGGCCGUGUCGAUCUCAAAUGCCAUAACCAACCUUUACGCUUCUGUGUUUGGUCAGCACCAGAGAUUAGAACCUCUGCACCAAGAAAAGAAGUUAAUGUGGAAAAGAGAAAUGAAAUGCCUUUUAUCUGUGUGCGAUUACAUAGUAGAGUUCAGUCCCACACUUCACACUCUCAAAGAUGGGACCAAAGUAGAGGUGAUGACGAGCAGACCACGAUCUGAUAUUUACAUCAACCUCCCCGCAUUGAGAAAGCUCGAUGCAAUGCUCCUGGGAAUACUAGACAGCUUUCAGGAGACCGAGUUCUGGUAUGCCGAACAAGGCAGCAUCUCGGCAAAUUCGUCCCGUUCGGGAAGCUCGUCUUCACGCUCGGGCUCGUUUAGGAGAGUAGUUGCCCAGCCUCAGUCUCAGCGUACGGAUGAAAAGUGGUGGCUGCCCAUUCCCUGCGUGGGCCCAGACGGGCUCUCGGAGGUAUCCAAGAAACAUUUGAGACAAAAACGUGACUGUGCGUACCAAAUCCACAAGGCAGCCAUGGCCAUAAACAACGGCAUUCUUGCCGAGAUGCAGAUUCCUGAGUCUUACACGGCGUCCCUUCCUAAGGUGUUGACCUUUUUUUUUUUUAACAAUUUAUUCUGA